AUGCUUAUCGAAGACCAACGGUUCCUCCACGAAGACCUCGAGCGGCUUGAGCAGGCGAUUUGCGAACGCGCGGGAGAAGAUCCAAAAAACAUCAAAGACCGCCUCAAUCGCGAUCACCAGAUCGAUGGGUUCCUUACAAGGAUACAAGAACAGUCAAAGCGACUGCUAGAGAUUUACCGUGAUACCGAGGGCACGCGGGCCAAGGAAGUUCAGAGUCUGUCCACGGGUGAUCCUUUCGAGGAAUUCUACAAAGAGUUUGAGAAAGUGAAAGAUCACCACCGGCAAUAUCCCAAUGAGCCCAUCGAGAAUCUAGAGCGUGCGUAUAAGCGACGGCGACCAGAUGAGGGGGAGGCGAUUGUGUCAGAGGUGGAUAACAUGUUCACCGGCGAGGAGGGCAACGGUCGCUUCCUCGACCUGACUAUGCGACAUGAAGAUUACCUCAACCUCCCAGGCAUCAAGCGCCUCACUUACCUGCAGUAUCUUGAUAACUUUGACGCCUUCGAGCCUCCACGCAUGCCCAUCAAACGCCAAAACAAAGUCACAGACACCUACCUGAAAUAUGUAACCGACCUCGACAACUACCUCGAAUCCUUCGUUCGCCGCACCCGGCCUCUUGAUGACCUUUCCAAAAUCUUUCUUCAGCUUGACCGCGAUUUCGAAUCUGCUUGGAACUCAGGCGAAAUACCCGGCUGGCCCAAAGACGAGCCUGCCUCUGCCACAUCGAAUGGUCCCGCUACCGAGGGCACUGGCUCAGGCGUCUGGUGUCCCGAUUGCGAGAAAGAAUUCAACAAUCCCAAUGUCUACAAAUCACAUCUCACAGGCAAAAAGCACAUUCGCAAUGCCGAGGCCAAAAAGUCCUCCUCAACACUGACCAACGGCACAUCCAUGAACGGAUCCUCUGCCCUCCCCUCCACCACAAACCUGAAGCAGCGGAUAAUCGCCUCUCAUGAGCACCGGAUUCGCGCCCUCGCCGACCUCCUCAGCACCGAACGCUCCAACACGCGCGUCAAUGUCGAGCGCAAAGCCGGCAUGACGGAGCGCGAGCGGCAGGCCGAACUCGACGCCCUCUUCGCCGAAGACGACGCCGCCAUCUACGACUCGUACCACCGUGACGACGACGCCAACGGCGCCGACUCGGACGCUGAAGGCUCCGGCGACGAGCGCAUCUACAACCCGCUCAAGCUCCCCCUAGCCUGGGACGGCAAGCCGAUUCCCUACUGGCUCUACAAGCUGCACGGCCUGGGCGUCGAGUUCCCCUGCGAGAUCUGCGGCAAUUUCGUCUACAUGGGCCGCCGCGCCUUCGACAAGCACUUCAGCGAGGCCCGCCACAUCUACGGCCUCAAAUGCCUGGGCGUCACCAACACGAGCGGCGCCGGCGGCGUCAACCUCUUCCGCGAAAUCACCGGCAUCGCUGACGCCGUGGCGCUGUGGGAGAAGCUGAAGAAGGAGAAGCGAGAUAAGGAGAACCGCGACGAGGGCGUCGUGCAGAUGGAGGAUGGGGAAGGGAACGUCAUGCCCGAACGCAUUUAUUUGGACUUGCAGAAGCAGGGCAUUCUGUAA